UUAAUCCCUUGAUGCAUAAAAAAAUAAUAUCUGUAUUUACUUUUUGUAUUCUUUUACCAUCAAACUGUGCGCAAAAUAUUGAUAAUAAUGAUAAAGAAAGAUACAUAGAGGAAAUUAAAAAUCAGAUGUGGGAUAUUUUUAAAAAUUAUGGAAUCUCGAAAUUACCAGUCCCUGAUUAUAAACAAUAUUACAACCAAACAGAAGAGUUCUACGGAUACAAAAUGGUGGGCUGCUUGUACCUUAAUGAUGGAUUUGUAUUAGACGUAUUAGGUUUUCAAGUAGAACCUAAACCAGGUCCUAAAGUCACAUUACUUACGGAUCGCAUCUUGAUUUCGGCCGUGAUCAAUGUUAAAAAUUUGCAAAUAUUCCAAGACUUCAGAAUUCAAUUUGAAAACCUAUCAGAUUAUCAGGAUAAGGCGAAUGGAACGAUAAUAACCAUGCCAGAAGGAUUCUCUUUCGAGGUUAAGAUUUUUCAAAAAUAUCCACACAUGAGAAUGGAUUCGUACGUACAGGAAAUAAGAAGCAUCAAGCCCUAUUUCGAGUUUAAUCCUGAUAAUGCAUUGACGAGAAGAGUACGGAAAAAAUUCCAAAAACAUGGAGUUUUAGAAGAUUUGUGUUCCGAGUGGAAGCAUAUUUUUUCGAGAAUUUUAAAAGAAGCUGUUGCGAAAUGCAAAUUCCCAGAUGUCGCGUUUAAUAUCAGAAACUAAAAAGUAAAAUACAAGCAAAGUGUAAUAGAAAAUAAUUAUCUUUGCGGUAUUU